CUAAAACAAUCGCGAGUAUCAUAACACUCGAAAGCUCAAGGGAUCGUAAGGUGAGGAUCGAAUCUUUCAAAUUCUGAUCGUUCAGACUGCAUGCUCAACGACGAAGUCGAUCUCCGAAUCCAGCUUCCUGCGAUCAAUACCCGGGAUCAAGAUUCACCAUGGUUGUCAAGGUGUACGUGGAUUACAGUUCGCAGCCUAGCCGCGCUAUUCUCAUCUUUCUCAAAAACACCAAAAUCCCUUUCGAAAUCGAAGAAGUAAACCUGAUGGAAGGAGACCAUCAGAAACCUGAGUUUGUAAAAAUAACUCCUCUCUGCACUGUACCAGCCAUUCAAGAUGGUGACUUCAGCAUGGGUGAAACAGUGGCGAUCAUCAGGUACUUGGCAACAAAGUAUGCAGACCUAGUCCCUGACCACUGGUACCCGAAGGAUCUAGAGAAAAGAGCCAGAGUUGAUGAAUACAUGGCAUUUCACCAUACAGGAACAAGAGGAGGGUGUUGUGGAAUCUUCAUCAGUGAGGUUCUCAUCCCAUUAAUUUCAGAAGGAAAGGAGCAUGCGUCGGAGGAAACAUUGAAGAGAGACGAAGAAAAUCUUACCAAGCAGCUUGAUAAGCUGGAGAAUGCUUUCUUACAGGACAAUGAUUGGUUGGCCGGGGAUGACAUCUCAGUCGCUGAUGUGCUGGCUGUUUCUGAGAUGAUGGAGAAUACCCUGAAUGGACGAGACGUGACAAUGGGUCGACCUAAACUCAAGGCAUUCGUGGACCGCGUCAAGGAUCGUCUGAAUCCCAUCUUUGAUGAAAUUCACGCAGAGAUGUAUGCAUGGAAGGACAAAUACUGCAGCGAAAUACUCUAAUUGAAAAUCGUUUAACAAAUGUAGCUUAUAUAUCUCUCUCAUCAUUAUCUGAAAAUGCGAAAUCGCUUUUUUUCCUCAAUACUGAGAAAACAAGCAACAAAUAAAGAUGUGCAACAUUAAAAUGAAAAUUAAAG